CUUCAUUUUAUUUCCAGUUACUUGGCUGCAUUCCAGAAUGAUUUUGCAAGCCUCAGUAGUGAAGAGCAGUCCGCUACAAAAGAAGACAUGCUGCUUGAGGUCAACAGAUUUGCCCUCGCCUCCCAUUUCCUCUGGGGACUUUGGUCCAUUGUACAGGCCAAGAUUUCAUCCAUUGAAUUUGGGUACAUGGAAUAUGCCCAAGCCAGGUUUGAUGCCUACUUUGACCAGAAGAGGAAGCUUGGGGUGUGAAUGAGAUGACUCCACUCUUCACCACUGAACUGCAGGAGGCGGCUGCGCCAGGCCCUCGGUAGAGUGUUGCUGUGACCACUGCCCUGGGCAGAAGGCCUGGACGUCUCACUACUGAGCACCGAUGUGUAUGAUACUACAGACUAUAUUAAAGUGGAGUAACAUUUCUUUCAUCUUUGUUUACGCUCUCACUAGGACUCUGAACCAUGAUUGGAAGCAGAAAUAUAGUACAAUAGUGCAAUAGCUCAGAACCCACCUAACCUGGAGGCCUUUUGGCUGCAUGGCUCCAGCUUUCAGCCACAUAGGGCCCCAGCCAUCAGAGCAGUGCCAUUUGGAUACUCCAAGCGCUGUCUUAGGAUAUUAAUGUGCUGCAACACAUUUGUGACAGUGUAGGAGAUGCUUCUGAAGGGCAAGUGAGCAGACAUACUGUCAAGUGGCUCAGCGGGAUGAGCCUGAGUCAUGGGGUCUGUGUAUGGGCAGACUUCCUGGAGAAGCAGGGUACACUUGAGCUGUGGUGUACAUCUGCAGAAAGUAGCUGUAGCCCUCCUGUGCCCGUGUGCGUAUGGCUACUUGGACCAGUGUCACUGGCUGCACAACGUCAGGGUCCUAACUGGAGAGGAGCAGUGGAGCCAGCUUCCUCAGCCUUUCUUGCCUUCCCUCUGCCUGGCCUGGAACUUGGGCAUCUGCCCAGGACUCUCCAAAGCUGCUUCCCAUCUGGUGUCACUGGGAGACAGCAGCUGUUUGUGGGACAUAGGGGUGCAGGUGGACUAGAGCUGUGAAAUCCAUGUACAUUAAAUGCCCAAUGGGAUAAACUUAGAAUUUUUUUUUUUACUCUGAAUUGUUUUGUGCACAUAUUUCUGCUUCUUUUAAGACUGUAUUAUACAGAAAAAAUAAACAACUUGAAAACCA